AACAAAGGAGACAACGCAUGGCAAAUGACGGCAUCGACUCUGGUGGGAAUUCAGAGCAUGCCUGGACUUGUAAUCCUAUAUGCCAGUAUCGUGAAGAAGAAAUGGGCAGUCAACUCGGCUUUCAUGGCUCUUUAUGCCUUUGCUGUAGUUCUGAUUUGUUGGGUCCUUUUAUGCUACCGUAUGGCCUUUGGUGACGAGCUCCUCCCUUUUCUGGGGGAAAGAGUCGCCACCGAGCCUCUUUAUCCCAUGGCGACGCUUGUGUAUUUCCAAUUCAAUUUCGCUGCUAUCACUCUUAUCCUGCUGCCUGGUUCUGUUCUUGGUCGCAUGAAUAUCAGGGCAUGGAUGUCGUUUGCGCCACUUUGGCUUAUAUUCUCCUAUACCGUCGGAGCUUGUAGCUUCUGGGGUGGUGGUUUUAUCUAUCGAUGGGGUGCCAUCAACUACUCCGGCGGAUAUAUGAUUCACCUCUCCUCCGGGGUCUCCGGUCUCACAGCUGCAUACUGGGUUGGCCCCAGUAUCAAGAGCGACAGAGAAAGGUUUAUUCCGAACAACAUUCUGCUGAUACUCACUGGUGCUGGGUUGCUGGGGAUUGAAUGGUCAGGGUUUAAUGGAGGAGCACCGUAUGCUGCAAGUAUCGACUCUUCGAUAGCGGUACUUAACACAAAUGUUUCGGCAGCAACCAGCUUUCUUGUUUGGACAUGUCUCGAUGUCGUGUUCUUCGGGAAACCUUCCGUUAUCGGCGUGGUUCAUGGAAUGAUUACCGGACUCGCUUGCAUCAUGCCGGGAGCAUGCUUGUUGCAAUCUUGGGCUACUAUAAUUAUCGGAAUGCUUGCCGGCAGUGUUCCAUGGGCAUCCAUGAUGAUAAUUCACAAGAAAUGCACGUGGUUACAAAAGGUGGAUGAUGCUCUGGGUGUAUUUCACACGCAUGCAGUGGCCGGCCUGAUGGGCGGUCUCCUCAUGGGGCUACUGGCGGAGCCACACCUCUGCAGGUUGAUACUGCCGAAGGACACAAGGUGUGCAUUAUAUGGGGGGAAUGGAGGGGUUCAAUUGGCGAAGCAAAUAGUAGCAGCCUUGUUUGUUAUUGGUUGGAAUGUAACGUCGACGUUGAUUCUUCUAAUGAUAAGGCUGUGUAUACCAUUGAGAAUGCCAGAUAACCAGCUCGAGAUUGGAGACGACUCCGUCCACGGAGAAGAAGCAUAUACUAUUUGGGGAGAUGGAGAACAAUAUGACCAAAGAAAGCAUGGCUGGCAUGCAAUGGAGGUGACAUCACCUUUGUCGUAA